GCACACAGUAUACACCAAGCUGAAACGGCUAGACAUUGUGCCGCUGGUGUGCAACGUGGAGCAGGUGCGCAUCCUACGCGGCCUCGGCGCCAUCCAGCCCGGCGUCAACCGCUGCAAGCUGCUCUCCUGCAAGGACUUCGACGUGCUCUACCGCGACUGCACCACCGCAAGGUGCCUGUCAAUGAAAGCGCCAGACAGGUACUUCUCAAGCUCCAGACCGGGCCGACCACCGAAGCGCGCGUCGGGUGUCGGUCUCUCGCUCGCAGCCACGCAGUUCCCCGGACAUCCCUUCAAGAAACAUCGACUGGAAAAUGGCGAUUAUUCACCUUACGAAAACGGACAUAUGAGCGAGAUGGCCCGAAUGGAGAAGUCGCCGCUACUGGCCAACGGCUACAACGCGCCGCCGACGCACCUAGGCCCGAUGGGCUUCAUGCACCAGCACGCCCUCAUGUCGCCUAUGCACCCGGGCGUGCCGCGGCCCGACGGCUCCAUCAUCAAGGGACAGCCCAUGCACAACAUGGAGGCGCUCGCCAGGUAUUCUGUGAGGGCGUGGGCCUUCACCGGUCGCGCAGACCCUUCUGAACUACAGAUGCAGCUUGGCCCUGACACAUCUGGUAUUUGGGAGAAUUGUAGAGCGGCUUAUGAGGACAUCGUAAAACAUCUCGAAAGGUUGCGCGAUGAACGAGGCGACAUUGAACGUGUUAUAGCGAUGGACAAAGCCCGCGAAGGUUCACACAAUGGCUCUUCCCCAGGCCACAGUCCUGUACUGAACUUGUCCAAAUCUGGGUCUGGAGAUCGCGACCGGCAAGAGAGGGUAGAUCGCGACCGGCAGGAGAGAGUCGACCGCGACCUCGGAGAGCGGGGCGAGGGGUCCGCCAGCGGGAGAAGCUCUGCCGCCUCUCGCCGCACCCCGCAACCCCCGCGGCUGCCCUCCGCCGCCACUGGCGCCGCCUCACCGCGCUCGCACUCCGACGAUAGCGACGCGGCUAUGUCCGACCAGGAGGAACAUAACGUUAAAGACGAGGAUGACGGAGCAGAUCUGAGCGAAAUGGAUCAGGAGGGCGAGGCGGGUACGUCUCCAGCGCCGGUGAGCUAUGCGGCGACGCCUGCUACGCCGGUGCCUGUAGACCCUAGCGCCGACACGCUGGUCUCCUCCACUGAGACGCUGCUGCGCAACAUACAGGGCCUGCUCAAAGUCGCCGCCGACAACGCGCGCCAGCAAGAACGCCAGAUCAGCUACGAGAAAGCUGAAUUGAAAAUGGACGUGCUCAGAGAGCGGGAGGUCAAAGACAACUUGGAGAGACGACUAAUGGACGAGCAGAAAAUGAGAGUAAUGUAUCAGAAGCGGCUAAAGAAGGAGCGGAAACAGCGGCAACAGAUCCAGGAGCAACUGGAGAACGAACUGAAGAGACGACAGAAGAUAGAGGAGGCGCUCAAGCAGUCCGGUGCACCCCAAGAGAUACUCAGAAUUGUUACUGAGAACAUGAGUCCAUCGGCGCACGAGACGCGUUCAGAACGGGAGAACGGGUCGGAGAGCAAGCCGCCGAGCGCGGAGCCCCCGACUGCCUCGCCGCCGUAUUCGCGUGAACCGGCGCACACACCCGACAAACCACAGUGGUCCUACCCGCCGCCACCCGUCGACAUGCUCCCCGGCGGCGCUGCCUUCUGGCAGAACUAUUCUGGUAAGGCACAACUCAUCACACCUGUAACAAACUUUCUUCAUUAGAUAAGAGACAAGAGU